AAGGCCUUGUCCAUGAUUUUAUAACAAAGGAAAAAAUAAAGUGAAAAAAAAUAAUAAUGCUAGAUGCUGGUAUGCAUUACUUUCAGUGUCAACUUUUUUUCUACAAGAUGCAGGUCUCCAGUUCAACCCAAAACCUAAAAGCUGGAUCGAUGCUCUGGAGGACUGCCUCAACCAGAACUCCAUCCUGGUUCAAAUCACCAACCAGACAGUGCAGGACGCAGUGAACUUGCUCCUGCUAAAUAACACAGCCAGUAUGCAGAAUGGGUCGUGGAUCGGCCUGGAGCGGUCCAUCUUUGGCCAAAACCCCCCCUGGAAGUGGACUUCAGGUUUAAAAGCUAAUAAGACUGGAACACCACCAUGGAACAGCAGUGCACCUGUGGACGCCUUCAACAACCACUGUGGAAAGAUCAUCUCGGUGAAUGGGUCAAAUUUCACAUGGCUGGAUGCAAACUGUCAUGAAAAGCUGCCUUACAUCUGCCAAGUUUCGAAUGGAACGUCUUGACAUAAUUAUGUCUUUCCUGGACACCAGUACAUCACCUGAAAACUGUCCAGAUGACUGACAGCAGAAAUGUUGUUGUUUUCACUGUCUGUUCUGUCUUUUUUUAUCUCUUUCAUAAAAAUGGAAAAGUCAUUCCACUAUUGCUUUGAUAUAAUUUUCAGUGAAUUUUGGUGUUUUGGGCUGCUGGUUUUAGCAUUCACAUUUUAUUGCACUUUCUGAUAACUGACAGAUUUUCUUUCUUUCCCUGUAAAACCAAUUUGCAAGUACUGUAAUACAGGCACUUGUUCAUUAUCAUUCAUCCAAUAAACAGUUUCCCCUAUUCCUCUUCUCAUGUUGGUUUAUACAUGUUUAAUAAUAAUGGGACCACUCUAAAAA